AUGGUGUCGCGUGGUCCCACCCAGCAGCAGCACGUCCUGGUCGAGUCGAUCGUCCUAAUUGUCGUUAAAGUCGACUUUGCGUCUUUCCGAGAUGCCGGCGGUAUCUCUUUUGACUCUGUUGAACAUGGUGACUUGGUAGUUGAAGAUGAAGUCGACAAUGACCCAAGACCAGGAGUUAUGUGCCGGCAGGGGCUCGUAGAACUCCGAGGCUAUCUUUUUCAGAGCAGGGAGCUUGCUCCAGGCCACGAACGGGAAGUCGUGGUGCUCGUUGUGGUAUCCAACGUUCCAGGUGACCAGGUUCAGGAGCCCGUAUUGGUGGUAUGGCUGGAACGAAGCACUGUAAGGGAUUCCGAUCGGGAGGUUCGUGACUAUGGAAAAAAGACGGUUAUGCAGGGGCUUUUUGAAUCCCAGAUUAUGGGACAGUUCGUGGAUGCAGAGGAAACAGUUCUGGUUGCAGGUACCUCCGAUAAUGUACGCAAGGGCCAGAAACUUGUAGCUGAACGGGCUGGUAUUUCUGAGGUAGUAUGCGAUUCCGAACUGGAGACCAACAACCAUCAAAGAAAUGUACUUGGUGAGCGGUUCAUGGCCACACAGCUUGGUGACUGUUGGGUAUUUUUGUAG